AUGAGUACAUCAAUUAUAUUAGUAUUUGGAGCAGCUGGAGCAGGAAAGACAACAUUCUGUAAGAAAAUGAAAGAAUCAUUAAAUUAUAAACUAAUAAACAUAGAUCCAGCCCAAGAGUCUCAGUCAAAUAACAUAACGUAUGAUCAUGAUAUAGUUGACUAUAUAACAGUAGAUGAAGUAAUGAAUGAAAUGGACUUUGGACCAAAUGGGGGAUUAUUUGAGUGUUUAAGACAAAUGGUAGAGGCAUUAAAUGAACCAAGUGAUUUUAUGAACUCACUAAUAGAAGAUGAUAUUUAUGUUGUUGAUUGCCCUGGUCAAAUAGAACUAUUUUUACACUCAGAAGUGAUGAUUGAUUUGAUAGAAUUUUUUAAAUCAAAAACACAGAACAUUUUGAUAACUUAUUUAAUAGAAUCAUCAAAUUUUGAAAAUGAUAAAAUCUUGUAUUCAUCACUCUGUUCAUCAAUAAGUUUAUCAAGAUUUUACUUACCUGUGAUAAACAUUCUUUCAAAAGCAGAUCAAUUGAAAGAAGAAAUAGAUUUUGAUAGAAUUUAUUCAAUAGAAGAAUUUAUUAAAGGAAAAAAAACUAAAUUUAUACAGACAUGUAUUGAUUAUGUUGAUAUGAAUGGAUAUGGAUCAUAUUUACCUCUUAACUGGACAGAACCUUCUUCAAUUAACUUACUAUCAUCACAAAUAGAUAUUAUUUUACAAAGGGAUGAUCAAAUUGAUAAUAAAAACUAA